AUCAGGACUCCGGAUUGGUCCGUCGAGGUAACGGCACUUCGAUAUCUACCGCGCGGUUACGAUCGAAGUUGGUCUCUGCCAGACACUCGAGUGCGGUUCGUGAAUCACGACCAGUGUUCUUUUUUCCACUAAAUCGUGAAACGAUGUCGUGCCGAGAUCCAGUCGGUUGAUGGAGUCUGGUACAACAUUCAGGCGAGAAGCAUGCGACUAGUGCAAUUGCUGGUAACACACGGUCUGGUGCUGUUGUUGACGCUGUUGGUACCCUGUCUGUCGGUUACCUUCGAGGAUGGAACUUCCGAUGAGCGCUCCGAAGCGCGCGAGAACCACGUGCCAGAGCCGCAAGAGCAGGUCGUUUUCAAUAAAACGCGUGAAGGUAAAGGGCUUUUCGACUGGAUCGGUCUAGGAACAGGACGAAAUGUAGAUCCAUACAUAGCGAAAAUAAAUCAAGGUUGCUUAAACGGCGACCUGGCGGAAUGUUUCAAAUCUCAGGCUUUGAGUUAUUUCUCCGAUUUCUUUGAUCACUCUCAUUACGACCUGAAUGAUUACGUAAAGGUCGUUAGGAUGUCCCGAGACGUGGUACAAGAAGUCAAUCGUCGACCGUACGAAUAUUCUGGGGAACCAAGGUCUAGCGACUCUGAAUGGGAUCAACUGAUGAAAUUUGCUCUUAGAAAGGCGGAAAAAUUCGUGAAAACUGUGGCUAUCGAGUUGCACAUCCCUUCCGAAGAAACUGGAGAAACUGAAGUGUACGCUCCACGGUUUUUGGAUGAAAUUGCCGACGAAAUUGACACUCUUGAGAAUAAAAAAGACACUCUUUUCUCCCGCCAUCACUUGAAGAAGCUCUUUAUCCCACUGCUCAUCGUACUGAAGCUUUUCAAAUUGAAGUUACUCCUGUUUCUGCCUCUGAUCCUGGGUCUAGCGUCUUUCAAGAAAUUCCUCGGUUUCUUAGCCAUUGUGAUACCUGGUCUGAUUGGAUUUUUCAAGUUGUACAAGCCACUCACGCAGGGUUAUCAUCCACCAGUGUAUAGUCAGAGCGGUAUAGCUUAUCCUCAUUACAAGGAAAAUUCCAAUAGUUAUCCUUAUCCUGUACAGGAUGACCACCAUGGUUUCGAGUAUGCAAGUGGAUAUCACAGAGAUAGCGGCGUAUCUUUCGGUCAGGAUCUUGCUUAUCGAGGCUAUCGGCAAUACCAAUCGUAAAAAUACUCAAUUUUGAAAAAUUGUUUUACAUGACCCUUCUUCGCUCUCUUUCUUAAUGUUAAAGGACCUGAUAGUAUUAUGAUAUUUGCGUUGAUUAUAACUAUUUCUAUCUUUAUGUGAUCGCGUUAGAGUCUUUGAGAUAAGAAAUUUUUGAGAAACUCUAACUCAUAAGAAUUUAUACGUAAAUUUUCGAUAUGAAAAUUUACGACACAAGCUCUCUUCCUAGAUUAGAAAUUAUAUUGUGCUGAGACGCGUUGCCAUUUUUGAACAGCCUGGUGUACAAGCUCUAACUGAUCAGCCAUGUUCUUGGUUAUAAUAGGCGAAACUUUUAAUUGAUCUAUUAAGUUCUGUACAUAUUACUUAAGUGCGAAUGUAGAUACUUGUAUGAUCAGUGGAAAGUACCAUUCUCAUGUUAUACGUGUACUAUUAUUUAUUGUGUACGUUGUUUAGAGGUUUGUAAGCCUAGCCUAGCUUUAUAACAUAAUUAGUUGUUAUUA